AUGUUCCAAGAGUUGCUGGCUUGGAUAGAAGCCCACUCAGCAGCCGACAUUAUCAUUCUGCAAGAAACGCACUGGGAUGUCACAUCGGACUUCCAGUCGGGACAGUGGAUGGCCAUCCACUCGUCGGGCAAAGCCUCCCCGGAUCCCUAUCGGGCCUCCUUUUUCUUCUGCGUCGGCAGCGGUUCCAGGGUUCCUCAGAGACAUCAUCUUCUUAUCUGUGGAGACUUUAAUUCUGCGAUCAAGACAGAAGCGCCAUGCACCGGCAGCUCCAUCCUCCAAACCACUUCAUCCAACCACGAUGCUGACCUUCAGGCCCUGCUGCAGCAACACUCCCUUUGUGUCUUGAACACCUGGCACUGCAAGCCAAGUGGCACGUACUUCUCCCCAACGGGGUACACACAGAUCGACUACGUGAUCACCCGGCAGCAUGGGGCCAGCCACCAAGCCAAACAGGCCUACCCGGAUCAUAGCUUUCCCAUAGGCAGUCUCCGACUUACUGGGCACUUUCCUGUCAGAGCUCAGCUACCAAUGCAAUCCUUCAAGCAGACCGCCAAACAGGAGCCAUCCCAGGGUGUGGCCAUUGACUGCGCCCGGCUGCAAGCUGCGGUCUGCCAAGCCUCCGGGGAGGCCCUAGGCAUGCAGGCCAGUAUCGCACAGCGACUUCAGGAGGUUGACAUUUCCAACUUGACCAGCGCCCAUAAACAUGUUAACCGGAUUCUGUUGGAGGAGGCCCAGCGGGCUUUUCCCAAGCAAACGCCAACAGACCUGCGGGUCAGUGCCAAUCCCGGCUUCUGCAUGUCGGCCAAGCACGUGUGGCAACUGUACCGCCAACUCAAGCGCCCAGGAGUGUGUGCCGCGCACACCAUCUUUGCGAAGUGGCAGCUGGCCACCAGCAUUGCUAAAGCCUCAAAGCAACUCAGACAGCAGAGCCGUGAUCUCAAGAAACAAUUUUAUGAAGCGCAGGUGGACCAGGCAGAGCAAGCUGCACUGCGCGGAGAUCAGCGCAGUCUUCAUCUCAUAGUGAGGCGAUUGUCACCUAAGACUAGACAAAUUGCCAGCCGCCUCCGAGGUGAGGAUGGACACCUCCUAACCAGUCAGGAGGAGCUGCAACACAUCAUGAAACAUGGCAGCAACACCUUCGCAGCCCAGCUCGAUGAUCACCCCCUGGCCCCUCUUCAGCAAGCCCUUUUGAUCACCGACCAGGACCUGGCUCAUGAACUAUGCCAUUUGGGCCUUGCCAAGGCG